AUGGAUUUGGGGAGUCUGCAGACGGUGGUGGCCAACUCUGCCUAUAUCUCCGCUCGGGGCAGUUUUGAUGGAUCCGCCAACCUACAGAUGACGAGGGAUAAGAAAUAUCGAGCCAAGCUCAAGCUCCCUCACAUCACCCAAAGUGAAACCCUGAAGGAGAAGAUCGAACUGGCCUUUGAGAGCAUCUGUGUCAAACAGCCCAUUGGGAAGAAGCUAUUCCAGCAGUACUUGGACUCAGUGGCAGAGUACAGACCGGCCAAUGAACUCUGGAAGGCUAUUGAAGUCUACGACACAGCAGAAGAUGAAGACCGUCUCGAGAAAGCUCGAAAUAUUAUCAGCAAGUUCUUGGAGUCAGGGGCUGAGCUCUUCUGCACUUAUUUAGAAGAAAAGAGCAUCUUGAGAGUGAAGGAAGACUGUGAGAAUGUCAGGGAGGACCUCUUCAGGGAAUGCAAAGAGGCCACCAUGAAAUUCUUAAGGGAUGACAGUCCCUUUGAGCUCUACAAAGAGAGCAUGUAUUUUAUGCGGUUCCUGCAGUGGAAAUGGCUGGAGGCUCAGCCCAUUGGGGAGGACUGGUUCCUGGAGUUUCGGGUCUUGGGGAAGGGAGGGUUUGGCGAGGUGUCUGCUUGUCAGAUGAAAGCCACAGGGAAACUAUACGCUUGCAAAAAGCUGAACAAGAAGAGACUGAAGAAGAGAAAAGGAAACCAAGGAGCGAUGGUGGAGAAGAGAAUUCUUGCCAGGGUGCACACUCGAUUCAUCGUCUCGCUGGCUUAUGCCUUUCAAACGAAAGCAGAGCUGUGCCUGGUCAUGACCAUCAUGAAUGGUGGGGAUUUGAGAUAUCACAUUUACAAUGUUGAUGAGAACAAUCCAGGUUUUAGCGAGGAGAGAGCUUGUUUCUACACGGCUCAAAUUGUGUGUGGCAUGGAACAUCUUCACCAAUCCAGGAUCAUCUACCGGGACCUGAAACCAGAGAAUGUGCUGCUCGAUAAUGAGGGUCAUGUGAGAAUCUCUGAUCUUGGACUUGCUGUGGAAUUGAAUGAUGAUCAAACUAAGAUUAAAGGCUAUGCUGGAACUCCAGGUUUUAUGGCGCCAGAAUUGCUUAAAGGUUUGGAAUACGACUAUUCCGUCGAUUAUUUCACACUGGGAGUCACAUUGUAUGAGAUGAUCGCAGCCAAGGGUCCAUUCCGUUAUCGAGGGGAACAUGUUGAGAACAAAGAAGUGAAGCGACGGAUUUUGAAUGAUCCAGUGACUUACUGCAACAAGUUUAGUGAACCGAGCAAGUCGUUUUGUGAGGCUUUGCUGGAGAAAGAUCCGGAGAAGCGCCUUGGAUUCAAGAAUGAAUGCUGUGAUGAAAUAAAGGCCCACGCCUUCUUCAAGAGUAUCAACUGGAGAAAACUUGAAGCUGGUAUUCUUCCACCUCCUUUUACCCCAGACUCUAAAACAGUGUAUGCAAAGGACAUUCAAGAUGUUGGCGCUUUCUCAACUGUGAAAGGAAUUACUAUUGAAGAUGCAGACAAGGAGUUUUUUGAUGAAUUUGCAACUGGUAACAUCCCUAUCCCAUGGCAAGAGGAGAUGAUCGAGACUGGUGUGUUUGAUGAGCUCAACGUGUGGGGGGUUAAUGGUGGAUUACCAAAUGACCUAAGGAGAGAAUCGAUUCUGGAGAUGCCUCCCUCCAAAUCAGGAGUCUGUUCCAUUUCUUAA